AUGGAUGUUUUCUGUUCUGUUUUGGCUUUAUGGUUCCAGCUCCAUUCGCACCCAACAAUUAAGCUCGAACCCAACCGUCAGUCCAUAAUAGGUUACUCAAGACACAUCCCCGUGGGCUGCGAAAUGCGCCCUUGCAAACCUGACGAGAGAGACUCUGGUACCCCUGUAGAGGUACUUGUUGAGUACUUUCGCCUGGCCGCUCAGGGCUGGCUCACCCCGUCUCCGUCUCCCUGGGACCCAGCCCCUGCAGGCCCAAGCCCAAUGUCCAGUCCGCCCUGUCUACUGUCAAACCAGGAUGACUUGAGGCUGUUGCCCCACUGCCCAUGUCAUGCCCAAGAACUGGCCGUUCGCCGCAUCGCAUAG